AUGCACCAGAAGUCAGAACUCAUUACUGCUCAGAUCUUUCGAAAUGCAGAGAAUCCGUAUGAAUGCAAUGAGCGUGGAGAAGCCUUUAAUCAGCAAUUUUCAUUAAGUGGGCAACAGAGACUCCACACAAGGAGAAAAAGGUAUGAAAUUAGGGCGAGUGGAAAAGAGUUUCCUCAUAAGUCAAGCCUAAACAUACAUGAGAGGGUCCACACAGGGGAGAAACCUUAUGAAUGCAGGGAUUGUGGCAAAAGUUUUUUACAUAAGUCAAGCAUGAAUGCACAACACAGAUUGCACUCUGGGGAAAAACCUUAUGAAUGUAAUAAGUGUGGGAAACACUUUUCUUAUAAGCAACACCUCAAAGCACAUCAGAGAAUCCACACUGGGGAAAAACCUUAUGAAUGUAGCGAGUGUGGAAAAGGUUUUCAUCAUAAGUCAAGCAUGAUCAUAUAUCAGAGAAUGCACAUAGGUGAAAUACGUUAUGAAUGUAAAGAAUGUGGAAAAGCUUUUAUUUGUAAGUCAUCCCUUACUAGACAUCAGAAAAUCCACACUGGGGAAAAACCUUAUGAAUGUAGGGAGUGUGGAAAAGCUUGUAGUCGUAAGUCACACCUCAUUACCCAUCAGAGAAUCCACACUGGGGAGAAACCUUAUGAAUGUAGGGCGUGUGGAAAAGGCUUUUCUAAUAAGUCAAGCAUGAGAUCACAUCAGAGAAUCCACACUGGGGAAAAACCUUAUGAAUGCAGUGAGUGUGGAAAAGGCUUUUCUAAUAAGUCAAGCAUGAGAUCACAUCAGAGAAUCCACACUGGGGAAAAACCUUAUGAAUGUAGCCAGUGUGGAAAAGGAUUUGCUCGUAAGCCACACCUCAUUAGCCAUCAGAGAAUCCACACAGGUGAAAAACCUUAUGAAUGUAGUGAAUGUGGAAAAGCUUUUAUUUGUAAGUCAAACCUCAUUAGCCAUCAGAAAAUACACACUGGGGAAAAACCUUAUGAAUGUAGUGAAUGUGGAAAAGCUUUUACUCAUAAGUCACACCUCAUUAGCCAUCAGAGAAUCCACACUGGGGAAAAACCUUAUGAAUGUAAAGAAUGUGGAAAAGGUUUUAUUUGUAAGUCAUACCUUACUAAACAUCAGAAAAUCCACACUGGGGAAAAACCUUAUGAAUGUAGAGAUUGUGGAAAAGCUUUUACUCAUAAGUCAUACCUCAUUAGCCAUCAGAGAAUCCACACUGGGGAGAAACCUUAUGAAUGUAGGGAGUGUGGAAAGGCUUUUCAUCACAAGUCAAGCAUGAGAUCACAUCAGAGAAUCCACACUGGGGAAAAACCUUAUGAAUGUAGACAGUGUGGAAAAACUUUUACCACCCAGUCAGGUUUCAUUCAUCAUCAGAGAAUCCACAUUGGAGAAAAACCGUAUGAAUGUAGUGAAUGUGGAAAAGCUUUUAUUCGUAAGUCACACCUUAUUACUCAUCAGAGAAUCCACACUGGGGAAAAACCUUAUGAAUGUAGUCAGUGUGGAAAAGGCUUUUCUGAUAAGUCAAGCAUGAGAUCACACCAGAGAAUCCACACUGGGGAAAAAACUUAUGAAUGUAGCCAGUGUGGAAAAGGAUUUGCUCAUAAGCCACUCCUCAUUAGACAUCAGAGAAUCCACACAGGUGAAAAACCUUAUGAAUGUAGUGAAUGUGGAAAAGCUUUUAUUUGUAAGUCACACCUCGUUAGCCAUCGGAGAAUCCACACUGGGGAAAAACCUUAUGAAUGUAGUGAGUGUGGAAAAGGCUUUCCUUGUAAACCACACCUCAUUAGACAUCAGAGAAUC